AUUUCAAAUCUCCCUCUCCCACUUUCCCCUUGCAGCCCACAUCGCCAACCCAAUCCUCCUCCUCAAACCCUAGCUAGCUAGCUAGAUCCGCCAGCCAUGGCAGCGCGGGCCACCCGCCCGGGGAUGCUCCACCACAAGGAGAACGACGCGCAGCAGUCCACCACCAAGCGACAGCGCACCGCCGCCGGGAGGCUGCCGCUCUCCGCGGCCCCCGCGGAGGAGCCCGUGGUCUUCACGGGAAGGGACGACGUCGAGAGCCUCCUCAAUGAGAAGAUGAAGGGCAAAAACAAGAUGGACUACAAGGGGAAGAGCGAGCAAAUGAUGGAAUACAUCAAGAAGCUGCGGGCCUGUAUCAAAUGGCUACUUGAGAGGGAAGAUGCUAACCUGGCCGAAAUCGGGAAGCUCAGUGGUCUCCUUGAGGCUGCAGAGAAACACCACUCUGAGAUAGUGGCUCAAUUGAAGAACGCUAUAGAAGAGUCAAAAGCAAUAAAUGAAGAGCUUCAGAAACAGUAUGCUUCUCUACAAGAGAAUCUAAAGAUGGUGGAAGCUGAGAAAAUGGAUGCCCUCCGGUCUCUUGGAGAUGAAAAGGAGGCAAGGACUGCUGUUGAAUCUUCGCGGACUGAGAUUUUGGAGGAUCUCAGAAAAGCUAAGUUGGAAGAAAAACGCCUUAAUGAUCAGAUCAAGAUGCUUCAGGACACAAAUAAGAGGCUUCAAGAAUACAACACAAGCUUGCAGCAAUACAAUUGCAACCUCCAAGCAGAUACAACAAAGAAUGCAGAAACAAUAACAAAGCUGCAAAAAGAGAAGAAUACUAUGGUCGAGACAAUGAAUGGUUUGAGGGAUCAUGCUAACUCAAUAAAAAUGCAGCUAGAUUUGGCAAAGUCGUUGCAAAAUGAAGCUGCGAAACAAAAGAAUGAUUUAUUGAAGGAGGUUGAGGGUCUUAGAAGUGAGCUUCAGCAUGUACGGGAGGACCGUGAUAAUAAAUCAGCUAAAGUGGAUACUUUGUUGACCCAGAUAGGAACAUACAAGGAAAUGACCGGGAAGUCUGCCAUGGAGUUAGACAGUGCCAUGACAAGAACAACUGCACUUGAGGAAACUUGCUCAUCCCAAAGAGAGACGAUAAAAUCUUUGGAAAUUAAGCUCGCAGCUGCCAAUGAAAAGCUAAAGAGGUCUGAUUUGAUGGCCUUGGAAACCAUGACUGGGUAUGAGAAUCAAAAGAAAAUGUUGGAGGAUCUUCAGUCACGCCUUGAUGAAGCUGAGCAACAAAUUUUGGAUGGAGAGAAAUUACGCAGAAAGCUGCACAACACGAUACUUGAGCUGAAGGGAAACAUUAGGGUAUUCUGUAGAGUAAGACCUUUGUUGUCGAAUGAAUUGGGGGCUGUCAAUUACCCAAAGAGUGGAGAAAACUUAGGUCGUGGUAUCGAGUUGAUGCAUAAUGCACAAGAAUAUUCAUUUACAUUUGAUAAAGUAUUUGAUCAUUUGGCAUCACAAGAGGAUGUGUUCAUUGAAAUUUCUCAACUGGUCCAAAGCGCUCUAGAUGGCUAUAAGGUAUGCAUAUUUGCUUAUGGACAAACUGGUUCUGGUAAAACAUAUACCAUGAUGGGGAACCCAGAAUUGAAUGACCAGAAAGGAAUGAUACCAAGAUCUCUAGAACAAAUUUUCCAAGCUAGCCAGGCUCUUAAUUCACAGGGUUGGAAAUACAAGAUGCAGGCUUCAAUGUUGGAGAUUUACAAUGAAACGAUCCGUGACCUGCUUGCCACAAAUCGCGUGGCUACUCAAGAUGGUGGCUCUGCAAAGUACAGUAUCAAGCAUGAUGCCAAUGGUAACACCCAUGUGUCUGACCUCACGAUCGUUGACGUAACAAGUACCAGUGAAGUUUCUUCUCUCCUCAGGCGAGCUGCUCAGAGCAGGUCAGUUGGGAGAACUCAAAUGAAUGAGGAAUCAUCUAGAAGCCAUUGUGUUUUCACACUUAGAAUUUUUGGUGUGAAUGAGGGAACCGACCAACAAGUGCAAGGAGUGCUCAAUCUAAUAGAUCUUGCGGGCAGCGAGCGGCUAAACAAAAGUGGCGCCACCGGUGAUCGGCUGAAAGAGACUCAAGCUAUUAAUAAGAGCUUGUCAUGCCUAAGCGAUGUUAUCUUCUCAAUUGCAAAGAAAGAUGAACAUAUUCCUUUUAGGAACUCAAAAUUAACAUAUCUGCUCCAGCCAUGCCUUGGAGGGGACUCAAAGACGCUGAUGUUUGUGAAUCUGUCCCCGGAAUCGUCUUCCACAGGGGAGUCUAUUUGCUCACUUCGGUUUGCUGCAAGAGUGAACUCUUGUGAGAUCGGCAUCCCUCGGCGACAAACCCAGAUGCGUAAUGUGUGAUUUGUCAUGUUCCAUCAACCCAUGGGCCGUGGCCAGUGUAUGUUUAUGUUGUUAUGUGUUGAUUUGAUGAUGCAAUCGAUCAUUUGCAUCCUAUGGUUGGGGGUGUCUGUGCUGUGAUCGUUUGCUUCUUUAAUCAUAGUUAUCUGAUUUGUACCAACUUGCAUGUUGGGGUGUGCUGUUUUUUUUUUUAAAUUCUUGAGCUUGUUUUGCUGUUGCUAACUUGUAUCUUGGCUGGCCGUGUAGACCACUGAUUGUCAGAUAGACAUGCUAAUCAUAUUGCCUGUUUUGUGGAUUGUGAUGAGCACUAAGGUUUACAUGA